GACUGCCUGGGCCUAUUGUAAACAUGCAAAAUAACUUGCUCUCUAUUUCCCGGGCUAUUUCCAUGGACCAGUAGGUCCAUGCUAGUUCAUAAAUUGCGUUCUGUCGUCUGGCUCUGAGUUCGAGAGAGAAAGAAAGAGAGAAAGGGGGAGAGAGAGAAGACAGUCGGGAGUCAAAUAUCAGACAUUGUUCACUGAAAAUGGAGUUGAUGACGACGAUACUGUCGGUUUGUCUUGGAAUAGCCACUGCCAGUUUGACAUUUCUAUGGAUGCGCCAAUACCAUCGGAAAAUUGAGCCCUCAUAUCCUCCUCCUCCUGGUCCAACCGCUAUCAGUAUAAUCUUGAAUGACUUAUGGCGAAUCAUAUCACGCUCCAAACCGCCUAACCUGAUAGAGCUUGUGACAGGUUUACGUCGAAAGUAUGGUGAUAUUUACUCAGUGUCAAAGGGCAAGAAAAUUCUGGUGAUUAUAAGUGAUCCUGAAAUGGUGAAAGAACUCUUCGUAAAGCAAGCUGAGAUCACGACUGGAAGAGAUACUGCACCUCUAGCACAUGUUGCAUUCGGAGAUGAAGGAAGUAUUAUUUUUGAAGAGGGAAAAUCUUGGAGUGAUAUGAGGCGCUUCCUUCUUCUCGCUUUCCGAAAAUUUGGCAUGGGUAAGAAGACUGCUGGAGAUUGUGUGAACGAAGAGGCUCAGAUUCUUUGUAGGGAAUUCAUGCUGGCAGAAGGUAAGCCAUUCGACCCAUUCCGCACCAUCAACUAUGCCGUGGCUAAUAUUAUUCGGUCAAUCACAGCCGGUCAGCGCUUUGACUAUUCCAAUGAUCGAUUUCAACAGAUGGUCAAGCUAAUCACUGAUGUCCUAGGUGCCGAGAACUUUUACGGGCCUCUAGAAAUGAUGCCGUGGUUGUACUAUACCCCAUUCUUUAGAAAGGAACGCAAUAUGUGUAACGCACUGAUCGACUUGAUGAAGCAAGAAGUUGUUGAUCAUCGUCAGACAGUGGACAUAGACAAUCCAAGGGAUGUCAUUGAUAUGUGUCUAGCUGAAAUUGAUCGGGCAAAGAAUGCAGGAGAGGAAACAUUCUUUGAUGAGUCACUCCUUUGGAGAACACUUCUUGAUAUCUACUUGGCUGGAACUGAGACCGUUGCGACCACACUUACAUGGGCCAUAUUGUAUAUGGCUGGAUGUCCUGACAUUCAAGAAAAGGUCUGUCAAGAAAUUGACACCGUCAUUGGUAGUGAAGGCACACCUCACUACGACGAUCGCACCAGGAUGCCUUACACAGAAGCUACUAUUGCCGAACUUCUCCGAAUCCGUCCGAUCGCACCCCUUGGCAUUCCGCACAUUAACACGGAAAACAUCCUUUACCAAGGCUAUCUCCUUCCUGCGCGUUCCAUUAUUAUUAUGAACAUGGUAGGCAUGCAUCUAGACCCAAAGCUGUGGCCCGACCCAGAAAACUUUGAUCCAUCCAGAUUUUUAAGAGAUGAUGGAAUGACAGUCAAAAGGCCAAGUUGGCACAUGCCAUUUGGAGCAGGACGAAGGAUAUGUCUAGGAGAACAACUUGCCAAGGUUGAAUUAUUCUUGUUUUUCACCAAUCUGCUUCAGAGGUUUACUUUCAGACUACCAGAUGGUAUCCUUCCAGAUUAUGGAUUCGGACAUCGUACAUCGACCCUUGCCCCGAAGAAAUUCCAGAUCAUUGCUAGUCCACGUUGAUUGUCUACUGA